CGAGCACUCCGACGUGACCAUUUAGAAAGGGCGUUUAUUUCGUUUUCUUUCUGUUCCGGUGUUACACUCCGGGUUACAUACGCUUCCUAGCAUUUCGAGACAAGCUGCUAUCCAGUUGAUCAAUGAGUAAUUAAAUCUCCCGCAUCAACUACAAAAGGCUGCAUGAGUGGGCCGUCGUUCACCUCACCCCCCGCCGAGGCGGCGGAGAUCAACCGUAUCCAUUAUGAGUUGGAGUACACGGAGGGCAUCAGCCAGCGGAUGCGCAUCCCGGAGAUCCUCAAGGUUGCCCCGGAAAACCAAAGUGGUUCUCUGCCACUGCAGCAACUCCUGCACACCCAUCCGACUCUGAUGCAGGUUCCUGACAGAAUUGUCGUAGCAGGUGAUGAUGGGGAUCCUCAGUUCUCUUGUCCGAGAGACUUGGAUUUGAUUCAGUCCAUUCCUGCCAUGGAGCUCCUGGACAUGAAAGCUCCGCCACGUGUUCUCACGCUGUCAGAACAGCCACUGGACUCCUUGGAAACGGAUCAAAUAAACAAGAGCAACCCCAGUCAAGCAGUUCAUUCUCGAUCACGAAAGGAACGCAGUGCCAGUGAAUUUAUAUCUGCUCGCCAUAGCAGUCAGAUUGUCAGAGGUGAUGUAAGUGUAACACCCUCACCUUCUGCCCCACUAGUCCGCAUGUGUCCCCCUCUGUGCUCCCCCGAGGACGCAAAUGUUAACUUAUUCACAGCGGCAGGCUUCCUGGCUUACAUCCAGUCCACUACACGCCGGGCCUACCAACAGGUCCUUGAACUCCUAGACGACAGCCACCGCAGGACACACCUGGAUCUUGCCUUGGAUAUGAACCCUGAUGAGUCAGGUUUAAUAGAUGCCUCUUCGUUGCGCCGACAAAUUGUGAAGCUAAAUCGGCGUCUACAAAUGCUGGAGGAAGAAAACAAGGAACGCUCCAAGCGAGAGGUGGUCUUAUAUUCUGCCACUGUUGCAUUCUGGCUGAUCAACACCUGGGUUUGGUUCCGCCGCUAAAAAAAAACAAGAUGAGAGCGUCACCCAAAACUAAUGGAGCCAAAGUGAUAUCUUAUUAAUGUCAAUUUAGAGAUUCACUUUAAACCUCUAAAGGCAACCACAGAAAUCAACUGCAUUCCAUCCCACACUUUAUGGGAAAUUCUUGAAAUUCACAUUUCAUAAUGUGCGUCCAACACCAGCGCUGCUUUUGCUUUGUGUUCUCAGGUUAAUAUUAUUUUUUCAAGUGGGGAAAGUGUGAUUAUGCUGCAUGCAUCCAAGUAGAAAUAUUUGGAUCUCUUUUGCCAAGUGAUACAUGUGCAGUCGUUUUACCAUACGUGUUACUUUUUCUUUGCAAGUCAUUUACACUGUUCAGUCAAAAAAAAAUCUAUAUUUGUUGCCAAAAAUAGAAAACGAGGUAAGAUUUUACUUUGGCAACAGAUGCUUUGGGAACCCAGACCAGAGGUGGAAGUACAGUAAAUAAAUACUCUUAAAGUGUCAAAGUAAGGAUGGGGAGGGGGUAAUAUCAUGCUAAAAUAAGGAUGCCAUAAGAUGUAUGUUGAAUGUUCGGUGAGUUCUGUUUUACCCAAACAUCCAUGUACAGUAGUGAAAUUGUUAAAUGCUUGUAAAUGAUGAGGUAAUUACUUUUUGUUUAAUGUUUUUGGUAAUUACAUGACCAGUUCAUGGGUACAAUGUAUGUAUGCAUUCUCUUGAGUUGUUGAAACUUGCGUUCAAAACCUUUUUCCCACAAUAUGAAUAGAUGCUACCUUUUUUUUUUCUUCUUUCCAAAUAGACUAGUCAUAGAGCUGUUGUUUCUGUAAUGGUGUGUUUCUGGAUGUUUAUGGAAAAUCUAGAUAUCAAUGUAUUUAAUUGUAUUUAUUGCAGAUUUAUUAAUAUUGAGGCUAUUUUUUCUUAUCUGUGUAUCAUAGAU